AUGGCCCUCUUCUUCUCCGCAGCGACUCUCGCCGGUGCGUUUGGUGGUAUCCUUGCGCGAGGAAUUGCCGAGAUGCAUGGAGUAGGCGGUCUCUCAGCGUGGGCAUGGAUCUUUAUCCUCGAGGGUCUCCUGAGUAUUUUGGUGUCUUUCACCGCGUACUGGGCGAUCUACGACUAUCCUGCCACAGCACAAUUCCUUUCAGACAAGGAGCGAUCUGAAGUUCAGCGUCGACUGCAAGUAGAUUCAGGUCAUUUAUCCAAUGAGUUCAACAUCAAGUAUGUCUGGCAGGCCAUCAAGGAUUGGAAGAUUUACAUCCACAUGCUCAUCUGCAUGGCGGGCUUCUGCCCCAUCUACUCGAUCGCCUUGUUUCUGCCAACCAUUAUCAAGAACAUGGGCUACACUUCCAACACCGCUCAGUUGAUGUCGGUGCCGCCGUAUUGCUUCGCUUGCAUCUUCACGAUUGCUGCCAGUUGGUAUGCAGACCGCGUAAGGCAGCGUGGUAUCUUUCUGAUGGGCUUCCAGCUGGUGGGAAUCCUGGGCUUCGGUCUCUUGGUCGGUACCAGCAAGUCUUCUGCUCAAUAUGCCGGCACUAUUUUUGCCGCCAUCGGCAUCUAUCCUCAAAUCCCACUUGGUCUUGCCUGGAACAGCAGUAACAUUGGCGGAAGUCUGAAGAGAGGGACCGGCAUUGCGAUGCAAGUCAUGGGUGGUAACUGCGGCGGCAUCAUUGCGUCUUACGUCUACCUUAGCCGGGAUGGACCCCGCUACACUACCGGCCACAGCAUUCUCAUUGGCUUUGUGAGCAUGGCCUUCUUUUUGACGUUGUUCAUGACCACAUGGUGCAGAAAGGAGAACGCCCGUAGAGAUCAAGUUGCUACUGAAGCCGGAGUGCAAGAGUUGACUGCAGAGCAAAAGGAACUGGAAGCUGAGCUCGCAGAUAAUGUGCCAUGGUUUAGAUACACGAUCUGA